AUGUCGGACCGACAAUCGGAAAACCGCGCGCCGCGGGUCAAAAACCGUGCGCCCGCGGCGGUGCAAAUUACCGCCGAACAGCUCUUGCGUGAGGCUCAAGAGCGACAAGAGUCGGCGUUUAAAGCACCUCGUCAGCGAGUAGAAGACUUUGAAGAACUUCACGAGUACCGAGGUCGAAAACGAAAAGAGUUCGAGGAACGUAUUAGGCGAACGAGGGGAAGUGUUAAAGAGUGGCAGGCGUAUGCGUCGUGGGAGGCCAGUCAGGGAGAUGAUCGCUCCCGGAGUGUGUAUGAGCGUGCGCUGGAUGUGGAUGCGAGGGACGUUCGAUUGUGGUUGAGUUAUACGGAAAUGAACUACUCCAAAACGUACCAGGCGCACGACAGGUGUUUGAGCGAUGGAUGGCUUGGGAACCAGAUGGCAUGGCAGGCGUAUAUCAACUCGAAGAACGGUACAACGAGUUGGAUCUGGGCCAAGUUUGAAGAGGAGAGGGGCAAGCCAGACAAGGCGCGCGAGGUAUUCCAGACCGCGCUGGAGUUUUUGGAGAUGGUGUGGAAGAGGUUGCGCAGGCGCAAGCCGUAUUUGCGGCAUUUGCAAAAAAUGGAGACUAGGUUGAAAGAGUAUGACCGUGCACGAGUUAUUUACAAGUUUGCGCUAUCCCGCCUCCCUCGUUCGAUUUCUGGCCCCCUCUAUGCUGCUUACACAAAAUUCGAAAAGCAACACGGCGAAAAGAGUGGUGCGGAAUCUGCCGUUCUUGGCCGACGUCGCAUUCAAUACGAGGAUGAAUUACAGCAAGAUCCAUUCAACUAUGUCUGGUUUGACUAUACCCGCCUGGAAGAGGAAGCGUACCGUACGCCAAGGAUGAAGGCGAAGGGACCGAAGAAGCAGUGGGCAGAGUUCGAGAAGUGUACGAACGGGCUGUCGCACAGGACGUUCCCCGCACACGUCAAUCUACCAAACGAUCCUCCGGCUUCUCCUCAUAAAUCAUUCACCUUUGCCAAACUCUGGAUUCAAGCCGCUCGAUUCGAGAUUCGACAACUCGAUCUCCCAGCCGCACGAAAGCUCCUCGGAGCCGCGAUAGGCAUGUGUCCCAAAGAAGGCCUGUUCAAAGGGUACAUCCAGCUAGAACUCGAGCUCCGAGAGUUCGACCGCGUCCGCACACUGUAUGAAAAGUACCUCUCCCAUGACCCGUCCAACACACCGCAUGGAUCAAAUUUGCCGAGCUCGAGACCACGCUUGGGGACCUUGCCUGCCAAGACCGGACAUGUCAAGGUCUGGGUGGCGUUUGCGCUGUUCGAGGCUGCUUCGAUGUCUGAUCCCGAUGAGGAGGAAGGAGAAGGCGCCGAGCUGGACAAGGGAGAUCCGGAUCGUGCGCGGGCUGUUUUCCAGGAGGGGUACGAUUCGUUACGGGCCAAGGGACUCAAGGAGGAGCGGGUCGUGUUGCUUGAAGCGUGGAAGGCGUUUGAGCAGGAACAUGGUACCGAGGAGCAGCUCAAGAAGGUCGAGGACUGGGACAUGCUCUUUGCCGAUGACGAGCGCGAAGCGAACCCGACGUCCUUCAAGCUGUUGCAAAUGGCUCAUGCCUGGAAGAACGCCCAGGCUGCUCAGAGCGAUAGUGAAUCUGAGGACGAGGACGCUGAUGGCGAGGAUGAAGAGUAG